AUGGCUCCCACCAACUUGGAAAGAGAGGACCACCAGCGCGAUGCUGAGUUCGCCCGCGUCCUUCACGGAAAGUCCGCUGCGGCUCAGGGUGGUUUCGCUGCUAUGCGCGGCAAGGACGCCGCUGCGCAGAAGGCUGCUGUCGAUGAGUACUUCAAGCACUGGGACAACAAGUCUGCUGAGGAGGAGACAGAGGAGACUCGCGCUGCCCGCCGAGCGGAGUAUGCGACUUUGACCAGACACUACUACAACCUUGCUACCGACUUCUAUGAGUACGGAUGGGGAACCUCGUUCCACUUCUGUCGAUUCGCCCGCGGCGAGCCCUUCCUCCAAGCCAUUGCCCGUCACGAACACUACCUUGCUCACCGCAUGGGGAUUAAGGAUGGUAUGAAGGUUCUGGAUGUCGGCUGUGGUGUUGGUGGUCCAGCUCGUGAGAUUGUUAAGUUCACGGACGCCAAUGUCGUCGGUCUCAACAACAACGACUACCAGAUUCAGCGUGCGACGCGGUAUGCCGAGCGCGAUGGUCUGUCGCACAAGCUCAGCUUCACCAAGGGUGACUUCAUGCAGAUGAGCUUCCCCGACAACUCCUUCGAUGCCGUUUAUGCCAUCGAGGCGACUGUCCACGCUCCCGAGUUGGAGGGUGUUUACAAGGAGAUUUUCCGUGUGCUGAAGCCCGGUGGUGUGUUUGGUGUCUACGAGUGGCUCAUGACUGACGAGUAUGACAACGACAACGCGGAGCACCGCAAGAUCCGUCUUGGUAUCGAGCAGGGUGACGGUAUCUCCAACAUGGUCAAGGUUUCGGAGGGACUUCAAGCUGUCCGCAACGCCGGUUUCGACCUCAUCCACAAUGAGGAUUUGGCCGACCGUCCUGACGCGAUUCCGUGGUACUACCCUCUCGCCGGUUCGUUCAAGCACAUGACUUCCCCCUGGGACUUCUUCACUAUUGCCCGUAUGACAUGGUGGGGUCGUGGUCUUGCCCACAAUUUCGUCGGUGCCUUUGAGAAAGUCGGUCUCUUCCCAAGGGGAUCCCAAAAGACCGCUGACAGCUUGGCGCUGGCUGGUGAUUGUCUUGUUGCCGGUGGUGAGAAGAAGCUUUUCACACCAAUGUACCUGAUGGUUGCUCGCAAGCCCGAGUAA